GCUACUGGAACGAGCGAGAGAGAGGAGCUUAAUACCGAGAUCCUGGAAGCCUAUCUCAAUAGCUCAAUUAUUACUAAAGCUUUGAUUUCUCUUAUUAUUAUACGGAAUUUGUCUUAUGCUCUCAUUGAAUGGCCAGAGUUCCAUACCUUUUGCUAA